AUGGUCAAGUUCGCGCCUGUAAUAUCUAGCGCAGCCGUUGCGAGAGCUCAGGGGAACACUUCGCGGACAAGAGCAUCAAAUGUGCCUAAUGGACGAGUAAGACUGCCUUCUCUAUACCCUGCAAUAUCACUAAAAUCUUUACAUGGACGAUCAGACGGCAGCGAGUCAAACACAGGUUUCGAACAGGCACCAGCGAGUCGUCUUUUUGGGCAGCCAUCCAUUGAUGUCACAGAACAAGGAUAUGACAAAGAUGGGACAAGUCUUUCAAGAGAACUGCACGGUGAUGAAAACGGAGCCGUCCCGUCAAAAGUUAAAGGUUCUUCGAUAGUGGUCGGGGCUGCCGGCAUUUUGCGGGCAGCAACGGCUAUCGCGGUAGAUAACACGACAGCAGAAACGACAGUACAUCAAGCAGAACAUCAAAUAGAGGAGCCAGAAUGCGAGGUAAGUAACUUCCGUUUCUAAAUUUUUGGUUUCUGUAAUGUCUACGGGUUUGCUGAGGGCUUUAGUUUAUAGUUCCCAGAGAAUAACUUGAUGUGAAUGAGAGCGGUAGAUUUAGUAUUGAAAGUUUCGGUCGCUAAGUAAGGUGACAAUAAGUGGACCCACAAAUAUCGAUAUUUAUUCUGGCAGCUGUUGAAAUUUAGGUGCCUUGAUGAGUGCAGGGCUUUUUUACAUUUCUACGGAUUUCUGUCCCAUUUUCUAAAGUUUGUUUCUCUUUUCUUUAUUCGUACAUCCGGUGCAGGGAAUGGUUUUCGUCAACGCUUUGUAGCUGCGGGCCUAUUUUCAUAUAGAUCACACUGCGCUAUUUGUUUGGGCUUUCCUUGUAACAAUACUGACAACAGUAAUUAUUUCCCUGUUUUAUUCAGCGAUACCCGCUCGUGGCUAAUCAAGGCGCAAAUAUCUAUCUUCAUGUCGUCACUUUCGUCUAUGGCGAUUUUCGGUCAAGUUUAUUGUUGCAUGCUUGUUGUAUUGAAGAUGGCUUACAAAACAAAGUUUGCGUUUGAACAAGACUCUUGAGCGAAUCCGCGGCUUAGCAGUCGGCUUUAAGCAAGAUUACUAGUUUUUAGAAUUUUAGGCGAUUUGACGUAGUUCACAGUAGCAUAUAUUUUAACUAUAACAGAGAGAUUUGAGUUGCCUAAGUGUUCCUCAUAAUGUGACACCGGUGUUCCAGUUUCGGGUGAAACUCAUCGGCGAAAUAUUUGAAUUGAAUUUACAAUCUUAUUCGACUUUUUUUCGCCGUUCAUCCUCUGAUAUCGAGUCGGAUUUGUAGGGGGGGUCGAAUUAUUCAAAUUUUAUAUUUUGUCUUGGGCGAAUCUAUGUAUAAAAUGAUUGAAAAUUCGUUCCUUUAUGUUUCAUAUAAAUUCUUUGUUGUCGUUCAAAGUAUGAUGUCCGUGUUUCGUGUUUGAGUGAAAUUUGUGUUAUUAAAAUUCCGCUUGUAAAUUGAUUUCGUAGGUUUAGUUACCAUGGAGACCCUGUGUUUGUGGUUUUAUCAUCAUCAUAAGCCUUUGUCUUUUUAGCGUUGCCCUGUGUUUUCAACGUGAGGAAAGAUGUAACUUCUAAUAUUUCACCGUGGUUCUACACAAAACACGAUAUUUCUGCGUGUACUCCGACAUAAAUUCGGUCAACUCCACUCAAAUACGUAUUCAGUGUCAGCGAUAAGAAACAAAAAAAAAGCUGAUUUUUAAGUCAUGACAAGUAUUACAUAAGAAACGAGAGAGCAGUUACCCAAUAUUUUCUCUUGAUAAGAAAACAUAUUUUAUGGGGAGUUUUUUUGAAGUAGAAAUUGUGAUGUCAUGCGAAAUAACUGUUGGUUUCGAAAGCGGAUCAUAUUUAUUGGAUGAAGUAAAUAAUUUAAGUACACAGUGUUCAAAUUAAAUUAGCUUCGACUGGAAUGUCGUCCAUCAGGUUAUAUUUUAAACGAGACAUCAUUUAUUUCCCGAUCUUUCUGGAAAAACGUUAUGUCAGGGUGGCUUUUGUCUCAUUUAACAAAAAUGUUUUCUUGCGCCACAUAGAGAACGCCCAAAUUUGAAAAACAAAGCUGGUAUAUUUCGUUGUUUCUGAUAUUUAAUUAAUUUCACAUCUUUCUUGUGCGCUUGAUAAGGGUUGUGUGUUAUCUAAUAUAUAGUAAGUUGUGUAGAAAUAUCUGGCUUCUCGUAUGAAUUCUCGUGCCUCCUUGAAUUACGAUACUCUUUCUUCAUUGUGCUAUCAUCACAUUAACAAAUUAUUGUUUCCUACUGGUUUGGCGAAUAAUUUUUGUGCAGCUUGAACAGAAAGCCAAAAGCACUGGCUCAGUAAAAUUGCAUACUUGCUAAAUUAAUUGAAAGAUAAAAAUUUGUCAAUGCACGUUUAUGAGUGAUUAUAAGGAGAUAUAUGCUGGUGAAAGUAAGUCUUUUAAACAAAGGUGUACGUGAAUUUUUUUUAUUCGUUCGCACGUUGAGUACAAUAUUACUGAUAUGGCUGACGUCUGUCGUUAGGUGACAGUUCUUUCGUCAAAGACAUGAGCAGAGACUAAAAUAAGUUUUACCUCAAAAAGUUAAUUUCUGAAAUAUAUUUACACUUGGGUUUUCAUCUGGGUAAUCGAUGAUCAAAAUCCGGGCCUGGCUUUGAUAACGACUUCUAGAGUGUGGUUGCUAUCGCCUUGAGGGUAAACCGCGUGAGGUUUAAGAUAUUUUCACGAAAUGUAUGACGUUAGUGAGUUAUGCCUUGAAGUUGACAGGAAUCAAGCGAUCAUCACUUUAAGAGAGGAAACUGAUAAAGUAAGGUUGGCGUAAUGUAAACAACAUGAAAAGGUGGCAUGUCUUGUUCACUGGUGGUUUCUUUUGACUUCCUCAACUUAUCAGACUGUUAGAGGAGUUAAAUUCAAAACUUGCUCCAUUUAAAAGAUUCAACCUUUAUGGGGAUAUUCCCGGAGUGUCUCAGGGGUAUCUCUAUACCCCAGUAUACCCCAGGAGAGCUACUUAGAGACAACAUUAGACUCGAAUAAGUUCCAAUGAGGAAUUUAUUUCGUUUGGCAAGGUUUAAAAGUCAUAUAAUAUAAUGCAAGGAUUUCAGGAUUUCGACCUUGGGUUGGGUUGUGGGCUGAAUGACUGUUGUGGAAAAUGUUCUCAAUGAAAAAAACUAUCAACCCAGGAAACUCUUGGUUAAGUAGCUGGAAAGGUUUUCAAAUACUCUCCACCCAUCCCCCCCUCCCCCCCCACUAAGUCCUUGGAGAAAGGGCGAACGUAACAAACGAAAUGUGAUCAAACGAAAACCUUCAAAAUGAGACUUAGCAAUUUGUGGUUAAAGUUGAGGCUCAGGGUAAGGUGUAAUCGGGUUUCACUUGUUUAAAGAGAUUUCUGCCUUCAACCUCUGAACGAGAAGGUGACAACUGACUGCCGUUAAAUGAAAUUUAGACCAGUUCAAAAUAAAUGAGUAUCAUAAUUCUUUUCCGCUUUUUCACUCAAGUACACGAAACGAGUAUAUCAGUUGUUCAGAAAGAAAUGACCAUUAACACAGUCUAGAAUUUUUUUUUCUGUUAUCAUCAUAAUCAUAUAUUUUUUCAAAUUAUCCGUUCCGAGAUUCACAAUUGAGUUCUAUCUGAAUCCAGAAAGCAGUGUUUGAGCAGCCGCUGUCCAGAUAAAAUGCAUGCUCGUUAAUGGAGAAGUGCCCGAUGGGAAAUAUUCCUCUAAGGAUGUUACUCGAUACUGUUUGCUUUUCUGGAAGCCGCAAAGUACGUAAGACAUCUGUUUAUAUCUAUCAACAGCCCUUUGAGUACAAAAUUACGGAGCUAUUCAGUUACAAAAUUCUGCCAGAUCUCAGAAUUUGAUUUGGUGGUAGGCUGAUGCCAAUAUGUCGUAUAAAAUAUCUUUGAUGCUCUUUGCUCUUUUAAAAUAUAACUGUCGAAUUCUCUUUACCACUACAACAAAUUUUCCUUGCAAAAGUAUGAGCAUUUAACGUCACUUCAACACAAUUUUAACCUGAAAAAUUUUAAGCGACGAAUGUCAGAGAAGAUGCGUAAUUAGUUAGUUUUCAGCGGCGAAAUUUACCCUACACACUGACACCUCCGACCAGAGCAGCAUAAAAGAUUCUCGUUAAUUUAUCAACAGCUCCAUCAAGUUGAAAUACGGCUGUCAUAAAGGUUGUUAAAAUUUAAAUACUGCACAAAGAUAAACAGGUGAAGUCUAACUAUAGCUUGUCUUCAAUGUUAUUUUAUGCAUUUUAAGAAUAUAACCAUUUCACAAGUUUUAUAGAGAGCCUGUGGAACAGUAGUAUGCCUGUAAUUAUUUGUCAGUCGCAAGUGGAUAAAUAUGUAGGAUUUUUUGGCUUCACUUUGUCUUUAAUCUGUUUUGAUCCAUUUAUCCUUUUUGGAAACGUAAAAGAACUCUACGCAAAGCUGGUCAUCGAUCACUUCACAGAAUCAGACUUUGCUUGAAAGUAAAAAAAACUUUCUUCAUCCUGUUGUGAUCCGAUGAUGAUUCAGUUUGUCAAUGCCUUCAACACACCGAGGAAACACAAUCCGCUAUGGAAGAAUGCCAAAUUAGUAAUUUUACCAUAUUGAAAUAAUUAUAUCUGCCAACUUAUGUCACUCUAGAAGUGAGGAAUCCAUUUAUUGCAGAAGGGUUUCACAUCGUCAUACAAAUUCACCAUUUCCUUUCCUCUUUUUUUUUUCUUGAUUAUUAAUUGUCGAAGUCAGGCUCAUCGAUCCUUUACUUCACUAUCCUUUUUUUAUGCAAUUGUUUUUUCGAAUUCUAUUACUAACGAGCGCGUGCUCAAUUCGAGUAGAGUUCAUCCUCUCCAGCUCUUUUGUUGAAGAGGAAGUGUAGAGAACUCGGAGAAUUUUUUUUGCUAUCCCAAUGGAGUCCAAAGUAUUCAAUAUUCUUUCUUCCGGUCCAAUCUAUUCGUUUAAAUUUCUUGAUUGGCGAGAAAUUCGAGCUCGAGUUUGCUCCGACGGAGGCAGGUGCGACGUAUACAAAAGUAUCCUUGGUGAUUAGAACCAGAUACGUCAUAUUCACUUGACACCAAACAAUCUCUGUGAAUAAACCCCAAAGUUGCACAGAAGUCCAACAGCUUCUAAAACCUGACAGUUAAAAUAGCAAAGGCGAAAGGAAGGUAUUUGCGAGUCUUGGAGUGGUCUGUUGUAUGUCGUGCUUGCAGCUCGAAACGGUAAAAUCUGUGUUGAUGAUCUAGCGACGAUGUAUUUAUAAUAGCUCUGUACGACCGCCGUCUCAACGUGAAGCAUGCUUUUAAUUUGUUUGUUGAGAUGCAGUGGAAGGGGGAAACGUUGUUGAUUUUAUAAAUGCAGUGUCCUUCGGCAAUAUAAGAUACUGAGAACAUAAGCUCGAAAAAGUCUCCUCUGCGUGAAGCAUUUUAAAAAUGCUAAUUCAGCGUCUUCACCACAAUGAAAUCAAGCGCCAGUUUUAGAAUAUCACCAAAGUCUUCAACUCUUUCUGCCAAAAUCAGCGGCGAGGUUAACACUCGGAGCUCACCUGGGAUACCUAUUAACGGAAUUUCUCCGAAUUCAAGCCCAAGUGAAUCACAAACAUGCCACAACUUUGUACCAGUAUCACCCGAAUAUAUUCAUCAACCCCUGGAGGACUUCGAUUCCCCUCAAACAAAUGUAAGUCAAACAAAUUCGUUAAAUAUUGGUAUAAAGAAAGUUUAACAUAAACACUUCCUCUUUACUUGUUUGCGGAGAAUCAGUCGCUUUUCACCUCAUGUUAUAUAAGCCCAGAACAUCCUCCCACAGUAAGUCAAAUCAAAGGAUGGUUGAAGAGAUCGUUGAGAACUACAAAUUUUUAUAUUUAUCAUCGUUAAUUCUGCUCGGUAAACUACAUGACACCGAAACUAAUUCUUAAUGGUUAAGAUUCCCCGAAAAUUAAUUUCCUAUGUCGCGAUAAUCUUGGGCCAUUCGAUGCCGUAGAAUUCCAUUCCCUGACAAUUCAAGUUUGAAAUUAUAGAGAGCUAUCUAGGAAGGCGAAAUCAUAUCUGUCAAAUUUAAUUUUUUUAACUGCCGAUAGUACAAAUAACUUUAGUGAACAUUGCGUGGCCUUUGCUUGAGAAAUUCUGGUUAGAAUUAAAACUGUAUAAAUUGCAGGCAUUUCAGUAAUCUUUGUCGUUGUAUUUUUAUUACUGAAAAUAAACAAUGUUUUCUUAAGAAAUUGAUUUAAACACGGUGCAGACACCUGCGAUCGUACUCGAAUACAACAUAUGUCAUUUACAAAAUUUUUCGUGAAAGCCAAGGAAAUGAAAUAUUUCGUUUUUGCGAUUGGUAGGAAUAACUAAAAUCCUGUUCAUUAAACCCAGCAAUGCCAUUAAAUUAAAUGAUUCGUUUCGGACCAAAGCGCAACACAUAUCGCAGGUAACAAAUCUUUGACGAGCGCGUGAGAGUAAUUUCAGUGUCAAAAGACUUCCGAGAGAGAAUCCUCUUGGAAUAAAAUCAUCAAUAUUUUUGUUAAUUGAGCGAAAACAAUCUUGCUUUUCAAGUUAAACCUUUCCGGUGUAGCCGACUUUUAAUGUGCUACUGGCUAACGACAUUAAGUUAGUGUUAUAGGCCUUGGCGCAGAAAUAACUGUUAAAUGUUGUUAAGGGAAUAUUAAACGUCUUCCAUGAUUUUAAUAUUUAAGCAUUUUGCUUGAUCCUAAAUCAUUUUGACAAGGAACCUACGCUGGGUACUUAAUCCCUACAAAUCCUUACAAAAAAUAUUGGUAAUUCAAAUGAAAUUCAGCUUUUAUUUUGUUCAUGUGUCAAGAAAAUCUUCAGGACGACAAUGGUUACACAACGAGUUAGGUUUGCCUCCGACAGGCCUUUCAGAUAAAACAAUUAAAGAAAUUGAUAAUUUAGACUCAGAAUUCACAUGCAAAUGAAAUACGUCCGUAAAUUGUGAAAUAUUCAUAAGCAUUUCCUCUAAAAAAAGAUCACCCCGUGGUUUCCGUGAGUAAUUCACAUGCAAACUCGUAACUUUUAAUAUCAAGAGGAAUAAAAAAAAAAAAAACAAAAAAAAAAAACUCACGGGUUCAACUCCUUGGUUAAUGUUUUGAUAUUUACUUUCCGAGAACCUAAGUCAAAAUGAUAAACUAACGAUAAACUGGCCAGCUCCCAUGACGAAGAAUCGAAGAAAGCCAGCACGAUAAAAAUACACUAUAUUAAGAUGAUAUGAGCGGAAACCAAGCACUUUAUAAACAUAACUGACUGUACUGUUUUCUAUGGCUAUGAUAGAACAUUUCAAUGUUUUCGAUAUUGUUAAAAAAGAAAAUCAUUCUGAUCCAAGGGUACACGGUAUGCAUCUCGCCGUGCGUGGUCGAGUAUCUUGUUCUGCUUUUUUAGGAAGAUCAAUUGAAUCCGACUUUUGACCCAUUUCCUAAAGCUUGAGAAAAUAAUUCAAAUGGUUAUGACUUCUUAUAGCUUUAUGUCGUAAGCACUAUUAUCGAUGCGAUAAAACCAUGAAAAUGUAUGAUUUCACUAUGAAGCUAUCGUACUAAAGAUUUUAAUCCAAUAUUUAUUCCUAUAUUUUGCAAAUUGUUAUUGCUAUAGCUUCCUCUCGGAUACUGAAAUAAAAAGCUGAAUGUUGUCGGCAUUUGUUGAAGGGUUCUGUGUAAUUGUAUUUACACGGCUUACAUUUGCUAAAGCUUAAAAUGUGGUAUAAAAUUAAUUAAUUUUAAAGUUAGGGUCGUCCCACAAAUUUCGCGCCUUUUCCCGCAAUCGACAUAGGGUCGAAUAAUUUUCCAGCGCUUGGUUACGGCUGUUCUCUGCCUCUGUGGACUUCGUCGUGAUCGCGGUUGGCGUAACUUGAAAAACUUGCCUCAAUUUUUUCUACAUAGCCAUUUGCAAUCAGUUUUUUCUUCUCCAUCCUAAGCCAUCCUUGGGUUUUUUUUUGGUUUAUCAUUGCCUCUUUUGGAGUAACUUUACGAACAAAUAUUCUGUUGUUCCCUGUAAAUUGAAUCUGGUUUUCCAACUUUGAAAGGACCCCAAACCACCCGUCGUAACUUCUUUUAGAUUUCAAUAGCUUCCGAUGUAAAGUGGUCUUUCAUUCGGUUUUGAAGCAGGCUUUUAAGCUUCUAUAUGCUUGGCAGUGAUUAUCAUUUGACACAAACAUGAACAAUGCACACGAUACAACAAUGCACAACGAUGGCAUGGGAAACCAGCGCAGGGUUUAUUAAUAAGAAUAUGGUGAGUGUGGCUAAUGAACGACUGCCUCUCAAAAAUACGUCAGAGCUAAACAACACUGUUAAAUUUUCCUUUUGGUGAGCAUUCGAUGAACGUAGGCUUUAAGAGUGUAACAGUCAAACCUAGUUAAAAGACGGAUGACCAAGUUUGACUCAUGUACGUCACAGCAUGCGUCAAAGACGCCAAAGUUAGUUAAAGCGUCGACGUAAAUUUCAUUCGUCGCAUUAAAAAUUUGUCUGCUUAGUUGUUUUAAACCUUUGCAAGAAAAAUCUAGAUUGUGAAAGACAUUACGGAUGAUUCACUUAGAUCACCUUUACUUAUAUCACACAUGAUUUCUUCUUAAACCAUGCACCUUUUCAUGAAACCCGAAGGAAUCUCUACUUCCGAUACUAAUCAAGUAAUUUGUGAAAAGCAACGACAGUAGAGUAAUGUUUUCUGCAAACGAAAAAAAUUAAUAUCUUGCCGUUCACUUAAAGACUAGAUCAAGAUAUGCUUUGCUAUUUAGCUUUGCAGUUCAUUUUAGGUUAAUAGCAAAUAGCAAUAAUGUAAGAGCUCAUUUUUGCCGUUGUUAUUGCUAUAAACAUGUUUGAACUCAUUUUAAUAUUUUCUUUUUCAGACGUUUGUGAUAAUUGCUACCCGACUAGGAAGACAAUACGUGUUUAGGUUUAGCAAAGAGAAAUCACUUUAUCUAUUUGGACCGUUGAAUGCAGUGAGGAAAGCAAUAAUUAUUCUUGUUACGAAUCAGUAUCCUUUUUAAAUAGAACAUAAGAGAAGAAACAUAUUCUCGAAACCAUGACUUCUAUCUCCACUAUUUAGAAGUCUACAGUGUUGAACUGUGCCACUGGCUGCUUUUUGAGAUUCAUAAAAGUUCCUAACCCUCCGAAAAUCAUCUGCAAAUGAGGUUAAGACUCUCCUUGCGGACGCCGCCAUUUUGAAUCUUGCGUAGCAGCCUGGCCACUUAUAUGUGACUUCAUAAGGUUUUUGCCCCCUUUUUCCAUCUCUCAUUUUCUCAAUGAACAAUUCGGAGUAAUCAAAAAGAAAUUUUGACGCCUAUUGUGAUUUAUGCGAAGAUCACACCAACAGCCGUCUGCGGUGAACCAAUUCUAAGACUUCAUUAAUUUGCCGAGUUAAUCUCAAAUGGCGGGGUUCAUUGUAAAAUCUCAUGAAGACAACUAUCCUUUCCCUUAGGAAUCUCUGGACACGAUAAAUAUAAAACUUUUGUGCAUACUCUGUAAUGGCUGGGGUGAAGACUAUGGCAUAUCAAUGUUGCUUUUUGGGUGAAAUUUUUUUAAUUGCAUUAAACGUGUUGUUGUAUAUUGAUAUUAGGAACCCGAUUGGAUUCUUUACAAUGUAAAUAAACUCGUAAAAUGUUAUUUCCACCUGCGUUAAACUAUUUUAUCGUGCAUGAAACCUCAGUAGUAGUGCAUAAUUGAUAUAAUUCAGCAUAGAAUUUUGGGGUAUGGCGCAAUCCUUUAGGUUUCGACAAUGGAUUAAACAUAUUUAAUCUCCUUAACUCUACUAUAGAUUUUUUGAAUUGUUUAUACUUCUAACCAUAAUAAUAAAUUGUAUUUUUCUCGCCAUAAAGAAUGCUCCAGAGGAACCAGAGUAAGUGUUCAAACGUUUUUGUCUAAGUAUCGCAUGGUGUCACGCGGAAAACUGAAUGUAUAAUCGGAUACUGAUUUGGUUUUAUCGACCCUAGAUUAGCCCUGCUCAGAGCCUUUCGCUCGAAACAUCCAUUAGUAUAAAUGUCAUUUGGAAAUAACUAACUUAAAUAUUACCCUUUAGAUCUGCUUUUAGUGAACUGUCCCUUAGUAUCAUUUUCAUCUAUAUCAAUCUAUGUUUUCUCUUUUCUAGGUAUGUAUUUGCUGCCAUAUACACCGUUGAAAUGAUUCUUAAAAUCAUCGCUAAAGGAUUUUGCAUGCACAAAUUUGCCUAUCUUAGAGACCCAUGGAACUGGUUAGAUUUCGUUGUUGUUAUUUUGGGGUAAGUACCACAUUAUGUAGUUUUUAACAACAUAGGUUUAUUAAUUAAAUACAUUUAUGACCUACAGUCUUGUGACGCCGUUUGCACCUCCCUCCUAUCUAAUGAAGGGGCUUUUCGUGUAAUUUCUUUACCCUCGUCACCCUAACAUCAGUAAGCAUAUUCUUCUUGCCGUUCUUUAUUAAAUUUUUUAAGGUCCUGACAAAGAGAAUUGGUAUCAAAAUUAAGAGGUGCUCUUAUUGGUAAUCAUUUCCUUUCCUCUCGUUUACUUGAUGAUAUUGUAAGGAGAAACUAGAUGUUAUUCACUCGUAGAGGUCAGAGGGUCAAAUGCUGCUCACUUAUAAAGAUAAAGUCGUUUCUUGGAGAGCCAAUGGUUUACAAGUUUAUUCUUUUCUUUUCUCCUAAACAGUUACAUCACCCUUUUACCAAAUGUCUACAAUUUGUCCGGCAUUAGAACAUUUCGAGUUCUUCGAGCUCUUAGAACCAUUUCGACGGUAGAAGGUGAGGCAGGCGAUAUACUUUAUGCGAGUUUUUUUUAUUAAUGUUAAAUGGAUCCUAAGUUUCAACUUCAAGACAGCGUGGGCUCCAAGCAUCUAAUGUCUUGCUGAAGGAAGUUGAAAGGUUCUCCCUUUAAAGAAAAUCAAAGCUGUUUUGGAUUAAUCUUGAACGAAUUGUUUUUCUUUGACAGGAUUAAAGACAAUGGUGAACGCUCUUCUCAAGUCGAUGACCAUGUUAUCGGACGUGUUAAUUCUAACUUUGUUUUUCCUGUGCAUAUUUGCCUUGGUUGGGAUGCAACUUUUUGUCGGUCAGCUGAGAAACAAGUGUGUGAACGACCCCCCGUCAUUAGGUUCUGUUGGUUACAAUAGGUACAUAGCCAAUGAAAGUAAGUGACACUUGCCAAUCAUGACAAUUCUUUGAUUUAGUUUUGUUUUUAGGUGAAGAAAGGUCAUGAGACCAGGUGACCUUUAUUGAUAAACUUGGAGACCGCAUUUACUAUGAUGCAAUGAUCAAAUAUGAGCUGUUCAUUUCAAAUAGGAGAUUCCUUUUCUUGGAAGAAUUGACAAAUCUCCUCAGCAAAUGAGCUUGCUCUUUAGCCUGAGUUUCCAUUUCACCAAACAAAAAAGCCAUUUUAAAGUAUUUUGCAGAUAGUAUGCGCAUGUAGGCACAGAAAAGGAGUCAACUUUAUUUGAGUAAUUUUUGACGGUGGCUGAAGUCUGAUGAAGGCCGCACACUGCUACCCAUUGACCCGGCCCUACGUCGUCCAAUACUUGUGAAUCGAUAGAUUACAUGCUAAGAAAACCUCAAAUUUAUUUCCACAGGUGUUUGGUUCAAAAGUAGCAUCGAUGAGCCAAUGGUUUGUGGAAAUGCAUCAACUGCUGGGUAAAAUGAAGAACUCGUUUUGUUCAUCCUAGUAACACCCAAGCGCUUGUGACUUUAUGUCAGCUCGACUCGAAUUAAUUUUAAAAAAAUUCAAAUAGCGCAGAUUUACCAGCAACGUUAACUUCGCUAGUUUGUUCCUCAGCAAUACAAGUUUAAAUUCAAUCGUGUUGUAAUCAUGGUUGGCUUAGGCUCACGGUUAGUGCAUCACGACAUAAUCUUAGAGCUAUAUUUUGACGUUAAAGCAACUUGACGAUACAAUUUUUUAAUUCUGUACUGUUUUGUUUUGGUAUCAUUUCAGUCACUGUCCGGCUAAUUAUACAUGCUUGUCUGUUGGUGACAAUCCUAACUAUGGUUACACUAACUUUGAUAACUUUGCCUGGUCUUUGGUAACUGCUUUUCAACUUAUUACCAUGGACUUUUGGGAAAAUGUCUUCAAUUAUGUGAGUACACAGUGUGAUACAAGAGAAUAUCAACUGGUUUGAUUUUAUAACAUCUUCUAGGUAGUCACGGUAUCUUAUCAAUAUUUUUGCUGGCAGGAAAGGUACUUUACUUGAAUACCCAAAAGAGUGGAUGGGUAAUUGUAAAUUUUCAUGGAAAACUUGAUAACAGUAUUGGGGUCUAUUUGCGAAAGAUUAAGCUUUCAGCUAGGAGAAGAAACGAUUUUCCAAAGCUACUGAAUGAUUAAAGAAUGUUAGAGGCUCCAUGAUCUUGUUACAAGUCAAGAAACUUGUUUUUUUAAAUGUGCCUCCUUUCAAGACUAAAAAGUGUUUAGGAGGUAUCACCUACCUCACAUCACUUGGCGAUUAGUCAAGAAAAAUUGUGCCCUUCUUGACCAAUCAGGUGCAAAGCUAAAAAUCAAUUGCGAUUGGUUUUCUCGCAUAUUUCCGCACUUAAGGCCAGUUGUAUGUAUUUCAAAUGGGUUUUACUUGUUCCUUUCGUCUUAAACUUUAUCGCGAUUGGUAGUUUGAUCGGACAGUUUGAUUACUUAACUUUCUAGAUUUAAAAGAACCAUGCAAUUGAGAAGCGCUCUUUUUUAAAUUUUCCAUUCGAUUAUUUUAUUGUUAAUUUUUCAUUUGUUCCAAUGACAGGUUCUCGCCUCCAUGGGUUCAUGGUAUGUCUUUUAUUUCAUGUUCGUGGUUUUCUUUGGUUCGUUUUAUCUCAUCAAUCUGGUCCUUGCCGUGGUGGCCGUCUCAUAUCAACAAGAAGUUGUAUCUAUGCAAGAAAGGGUAAGAUGUUAUGUAAUGAUCAACUCACUACGCACCCUUACCCCAAUGUACAUCAAACAAACUCUGUACGAGUAUUAUGUGCAGUAUCGGUCACAGAGCCUCCAUUACCCUUGCCCAGCGGAACGGGCCGUCAAGGGAUUAGAACUGGAUGACGUGCAGUCAUGACAUGUUCCGGUGGCCCUACGUUGUCCAGUGUUUUGAAUGCUGCUACAAAAAAUUAUGGUAUACCGUUUUCGCGAGAGUGUAACCAGUUUUCUUUUACGCAUUCAUCAGGCCAAGUGGGUUUUCUAUUAUUCUCAGAAUCAGAUUCUAGUUCCUAGCGUUUUACCAUUAAUAACCAUUAUUAAUCUUUUGCUGCAGGACAAAAACUACGAAGAGCUUAAAGCCGUUGUCUCCUCUUAUUCGUUUCACGGGCGAGCUGUGCCAAAACUCCUGACCGAGAGCGGAAAGUCAAAACCAGAAACCCUGGUAACAAAAUGCAAGCUCUCUCUUUGUGCUCCUUGUUUUAAGAGUUGCACUGGAUCAAAAUCGCACGAGACUAGGGUAGUCAAUAAUGCUAGUGAACUUGAUGGAAGUCACACAAGUUUGCGUUACUCACCAUGUGGGUCACGUGCGACGGAAAUGAAGAGUGUAACGCCAGAGCAUACAUCUGUCACGGAUAAAAAUGAAAAUUUUCCCGUUGUUAAAACGUCGAACAAGGAAGACACACAGAUACGAUUACCGCCUACUAACUCAAUUGAUACUCGAUCCAAACAACUUUCGUCUUCACCAAACAAUUCAAAUUCAGAAGCUGGUGAAAUUUCAAACAGUAGAUUUUUAGAGGUAAAACCAUCAUGGACGACAACUUUGAGUAUCAUUAGCGAAAAUGAAACAUUAGACAAUGACAAUCAUUCCGCGAAUGGAGAUGAUUGUAACGGAAUGAAAAAAGUUAAAUUACCCGGAAUAUCUACGGCGUCAUCACCCACAGUGAGUCCCCGGUCUUCAACGAGUUUGGAACCCCAGAAAAAGGACGCUAGACACAGGAAAGAAGAGUUGUCAAGACGGAAAAAGAUUCAAAGACAUAUUUCUAAGCUGACGAUGGAUCCCUUGUUUGAUAUGUUCAUUACAUUUUGUAUACUUGUAAAUACUUUGUUUUUAUCUUUGGAAUAUCAUGGAAUGAACGAGAAAUUUAGAGUAGCUCUGGCUGUUGCGAAUAUGGUAGGUAUAGUUGAACUUGUCCAGUUAUUUUUUACGAAACAACUUUUUCAGGAGCAAAGGAGGAAGGCAAAGGGACUGUAGCUUGUCUCGAUGCGGGAAGUGUCACUAGUGUAGCAUUAAAUUGGUUUUCCAAAAUAUCCAAUGCCUUUAUCUUCUCACAAAUCGUUUAAUCAGGAGUAUGAGUGGUCAAAAACAAUGAUGUGGGACUUUUUUUUUUGGAACAAGUACAUUUUUAAUUCGAUCAAGAACGUAUCGGACAAAGUCAAGAUCAUUUUUGGAAAUUGAGUCAGAAGGUACGUUUGGCUUGGUGUGCGAUGAAUCCCCUACCCUACCCCUCUCCUUACGAUCCACUACCCCUGUUAAUUUCUAGGAAUGAGCUUGAAAAAUUGGAUUCUGUCAGUACAGCUCCUGUUUAAUUCAUUUUUACAAAAACGCUGAGAAAGCAGCCAAAGUUAUAGCAAAAAGUUCAGUUUUUCACGGCGAGAAUCGUACUGCAGUUUUCUAAAGGCAUGAAUCUUUUUUACCUUAGGUUUUCACGUUUGUAUUCGUCUUGGAGAUGGUCUUGAAGUUGAUUUCUUUAGGUCCACGAGGUUACGUGAAAAGUCGUUGGAAUAUAUUUGACGGUUUCAUUGUGUUAAUAAGCGUUGUGGACCUUAUUCUCGAGCUCGCUGUUGACGGCAAAGGAGCAGGACUCAGUGUUCUUAGGACUUUCAGACUUGUAAGUAAUUCUUAGAAGCCUUUUUAGCCUUUUUUAGCUUCUCAAGCUCAUCCUUGCUUUUCAGCUAAUACUCAAACAUUUGUAAACUGUGAGUUUUAAUUUAUUAUACGGUGCUUUCUCGAUGUAACAUCCAAUAUGACUGAUGGACGUCGUGGAGGCGAGAUCAAUAUUUUCAGUUAAAUUAUGGACCUCAAAUAAAGAAUGGUCGUUCAUUUAAAAAAACGAGUUAUGUUUAUCUCGAGUCUGAAAUUUAUUUAAGAACGAACUAUUUGCUACUGAUUCUCAUCAAAAACUAGCAAGGUUUGUUUAGAUUUCUAGCUUGGACAUCUAGUUUGUCGUAUUGAAACAUAUAAGAAUACUUGUGGCGGAACCAAAAUCUGCUAGUAAAAGUUUUCUUCCUUUGACCUAAACAUUUCUGUCUUUUUCAGCUGCGUGUUUUCAAACUUGCCCAGUCCUGGGAGACAAUGAACAUGUUACUGAGAACAAUCGCCAGUAGCAUUGGUCAGCUUGGUAACCUCACCUUGGUGUUGGGGAUCAUUGUGUACAUGUUAGCAGUUGUCGGAAUGCAGCUAUUUGGAAGGUAAUAUGGAAAACAAAUUUUCCUGAAUGGACUUUUUGACAUGAAAUGAACUGGACAUAAUGUGAGUGUUUUUCUCUUAUGCAGCGUCUACACAGAAGAGAAAUUCGGCGGCGAUAUUCCGCGCUGGAAUUUCAACGAUUUUGGUCACGCUUGCAUGAUGAUAUUCAGAGUACUUUGUGGAGAAUGGAUAGAACCGCUGUAUGAUAGUAUGCGGGCGACGAGCCCCGUGUCCUUCCUGUUCUUUCUGACAGCUUUAGUCAUCGGAAAUUUUUUGGUGAGUCGUACGAGAGAUUCAUUACUUGCUUAUUUUGAGUAAGCAUGUAUGUGGUUAUGUUCAAAGAAACAACGUUUUCUAAUUUUGGAAUUCGCUUUGCAGGUUUUAAACUUAUUUCUUGCACUGCUGCUUAAUGCCUUUGCUCGCGAGUCCCUCAAAGAUGACGCAAAUAAAAAGGGGGAGUCCAAACCGAGCAGAUUUUUUCAAGGGGUCCAGCGACUCAGCAGAGUUCUGCGCCUAAAUAGUGUGAUCCAGCGGAAAGCGCAGGUCAAACCUUCACUUGGUUCCCAGGCCCUUAGCGAGGAUGGACCAAAACCAGAGGGAAACUCGGAGAGCGGAGGUAAAUCAUCUUUAAGAAAUAUGUUCACCUGCUGAAACAUCAUUUUGUGAGAGGGUUAGCAAGUGAUUUCUUUUACCUUUACUUUGUCACAGACGUUCUUAAUGGUACUCCUGCGCUGAUGAAUGCAGUAACAGCUUUUCAGAAGAAAGGAAAACUCAACAGAGACACUGUCAAACGGGUAAGAGUUUGAAAAGACCUAUCAUGUCAGCGAGAUAGCUCAGUGUGAUGUCUUAUAAACGUAGCGCUCAGUUCCUAAAACAUUGGACUUGAUGUUUCAGUCAGUAAGUGUCACAGGCAUACCAUGAAAAUUUCCUUUUAGAAGUAUGGUUGUGUUACUUACUGAAGAAGCAAUAGUAACAACGGUGAUUAUUAAAAACAAACAGGCUAAACAAAGAAAAAUGAAACAGAAAAUCCGUCAAAACCAGUAAGAGUUUAAAAGGAUAUUUAUGAAAUAGUCUGGUGUGGCUAUUACACUUUUUUCAUGAUUCAGCUGGGUCAUGGUUCUUUUUUCUAGCAGUGAGUGUCACAGGCAUACUAUGCAAAUAUCUUUCAGAAGUAUGGUUGUGUUACGCACUGCAUGAAUAACCAGGCUUUUAAUUAUGAGUUGUUAGGUUAAAUGAGUUGAAUUAGAUGGUCAAAUUAUUCCGAGGAUCCUGUGGCUCAGCGGUAGCACAUCUCAAGUUCAUGAUCGAAAAGUAUCAAUCGGAAAGUCGUGUUCAUAGUGCCACUGGAUUCUAUACUUUUUAGCAGUUAGUGCUACAGGCAUAGUAUGAAGUUGCCAUUUAGAAAUAUGGUUGUGUUACUCACUGUUACUUACUUAAAUCGACCCUGACUAUGCCGUGGAUCGGCGAAAGCUUGGAAUAAAAAAUAAAUGCAGAAGCUCAGAGCCUAACCCGAAUCUUCUAUUUAAUCCACCAACAUGCUACUGAAAGACAACUUGGAACUCUGUUUACUCUGACUCUGUUACAGUAAAUUUCUAUUUCUUUUUCGAUUAUGCUAGUUCCCCUUCCCCAAGAUUCACGAUAUACUCUCUCCGUUCGUCGUUGGUUUGUCUCAUUUAGAUUUGACGCAACUCGCUACUUGAUUUGAUUCGUCUAGUGUUCAAACAAUAGCGGUGGUUAACCCACGAUUGGACAAACAAAUCUGCGUGAUCAUCAGGUGCUGGGAGGCGAGUAUAUACCAUAAAACGCAGAGACCUUCUCGAAUCCAACCAAUCUUUGUUAUCUUUUCGUCUGCAGCUUUCCAUCGCAAUCGAAGCAGCAAACAAGGACUCCAUAACUUCGAGCACAGUACUAAGCUUAGCUCGUUCGUCAGCAGCCAUAUCCAGCCCGCGAGAAAGUACCCAGAUUGACCAGCCGGCUGAUCCCGCCAUGACAGAGGUGCAAGAAUGCUGUCCAUGUUGCACGAAACGCUGCACUUGCAACUGCAUCGCUAUGUGGAAACGAUCCAGCGGUUAUCGUUUGUGGAGAAACGUGCGUCAUAGGAUCAAAAAAUUUGUCGAACAUCGGUACUUCGAGUGGGCCAUUCUCGUGAUCAUUGUGGCUAGUAGCGUAACACUGGUAAGGUGCUGAGAGAAGAGGCUUGAGAUCUUAUGGGGAAUAUAAAAAGGUCUUAGAGAAGGAUUUUUCGAAUUGGAGACUUCUUAGGGGCAUUUUCCGGAAGUUCAGUGAUAUGGCGCUGAUAUUCUAAAGAAAGAAAGAGGUUGCUACACUUUGCCCUCUCAUACGCUCCUCAAUUUUACUCAUGCAUUGAAACAUUUUUGAUUUGCAAACAGUCUUUAGACGUUUAAUACAGACAAAGCAAAGGAACUUCGUGUCAUUUGGUUUGAACGAAUCGGGAGAAUUAUGUUCUUGUUGUCGUUAAUUUGUUCAAUUAACUGCAUAGCCUAUGUACUUUCCAUCAUUUGUUCCAAGCCACAUAUUUGAUAAAGAAACAUUACUGAGUGUUCAAAACUCUGCAGUCGAAGGAUGAAAUACCUUAACUAGUUUAAAAUAAUCUCAAUAUCCAGAAGUUGUAGUUGCUGUUUUGCGAAACCUACUUAAUUCAUAUUUCUUAGCGAUGUUUAAAGAUUGCCUUCCUCAGUCAAAAAUUUUCUUUUCAGAUUUUUGAGGACAUCCACUUGGACAAGAAACCAACACUAAAAAAAGUUUUGGAUUAUUUAAACAUCGUUUUUGCAGUGGUUUUCACUUUGGAAUUUAUCAUGAAGACAAUCGGCUUAGGCUUAGUGACUUACUUCAAGAAUGCUUGGAACUGUUUAGAUGUGGUCAUUGUCGCUGUAAGUUAAAAUUCUAUACGUUUGAUCAACUUAAUUGUAAAAUGAACAUUUCAUUGAUGGAUAUUCAAAGAGUAAAUAUUAUAAAAGAGACUUCUUUGAGAUUCAUAUUAUUAAUUUUUUCUUCAAAUCUGCAAACACUUUUAUCGUGGAAUGCAUGAGUUGAAGAUUAACUUUGCAGAGAAAAUAUAUUUAGGAGAUAGAUCUUUAGUUCUUUUUUUUUCUUAUUUAUCAUUCUCCCUAAUUGACAGCUUUACUUCAAUUAUAUUGAUUUUUUUUCAGAUAUCCAUUCUCACGGCUGUUGAAUCUAUUGAAGAACUAAACUCUGUAAGAAUAUAAAAUCGAUAGUCAUCAAUAAAUGUUUCUUAAUAAUAACUUUCUCUUCUAACGUAGCUUAUCUCAUAUGUCCGAAACUUGAAGUUCGAAAACGUUUUAAACUUUUUUUUUAAAAAAAUAAAAUGUGUAAACUAUUGGAUAAAUGUUGAAUUGAAAGAGAGUUGGUUAUUUCCUAACUAUGGCUACUAACUUGAGAAACUAAAGUUUAAAAAACGUAAGAAAUAGUUUAAAAACGGCUUUGUGUCAAAGAAAAUCCCUUAGAUAUAUGAAUAGAUAUAUCUUUCUUCUCACUUUCUGGUCUCAAUGGAUAAAACUUGAUCUAAUGUUAUAUAAUAACAUAAAGUUGGACUAAACAAAACUGUAGUUUCUUGGCAGUUGAUUACUCAUGAUAAUGAUGAGCCAAUGGCUUUCAUUCAAUUAUUAAAUCAGUCAAUCAGUCAGUCAAUUCUUUAGCUAGUCAGUUUGUCAUUCAAACAGCUGAUCACUCAGUCACUUAUUCAUUCAUUUCAUUAACGAGUUAGUAAGUGAGAGAGUCGGUCUGUUAUUUAGCGCCCAGUCAAUCUGUCAAUCAGUCCAUUUGUUGGUCAGGGAGUCAAUCAUUCAUUCAGUUGGUCUGUCAGUCAUCUUGUCAGAAAUUAAAACUGCCUUACCUAUAUAGUGAGAAUAAUAACCUUAUAAUAAAACAUACGUGUCAACCAUUUAUUCACAGAUGUCACUCACCGUUGUAGCGAAUCAAACUACAGAUGGUGACAGUAGCCUGGCGGCAUUUCGUUCCCUGCGUACAUUGCGGGCCCUCAGACCUUUGAGAGCCAUUUCCCGCUGGGAGGGUAUGAAGGUAAUGGGCUUCAGCCAUUGAUGAUAAUCAAAUCCAUGAAAAUUAAUUGUAAAUUGAUCCUGUUUUGAUUGAAAUCCAUUUGACUAUUUUUCACAAAGGUUGUGGUGAAUUCUCUGCUGUUUGCAAUCCCUGGAAUUGGCAAUGUUCUACUGGUGUGCAUGGUGUUCUGGCUGAUCUUCAGCAUUGUGGGUGUUCAGUUUUUCGGAGGGCGUUUUUACAAAUGUAUCGACAGCAACGGGAAAAGGCUACCUAUCAGCAUUGUGCAGAAUAAAACGGAUUGUGAUAGGCUUAAACUUCGUUGGGUAAAUUCGAAUAUCAAUUUUGACAACGCUGCGAAUGGCUUCAUAGCUCUUUUUCAAGUGGUGAGUUCGUAUAGUUAGUUCGAAUACAUUUAAACACUUCAAAACAUCCCAAACAUUUAACAUAUUGUUCUGUUACAACCUCUGCUUCUCUUUCUCUUGUGCGCAUGAAAAAAAAUUAAAAACAUCACUUUCCCUUCAAUUUGGUAUUUUAGAGGUGCUCAAAGCUUUCCGAACGGAAUAACAAACUCAUAUGAAACCAUUUGCUACUCCAUAAUGUGUUUAAUCUAAAUUUCGAAUCAAGAUCUGACGCUCCGCAGGAAGUCACUGUCCGUUGUGUCGAUUUAUAAUAACAAAGAUAGUAAGUUUCUCUGGGAAAAUUAUCAUGAGGUUUGCCUCCACCCUCCCAUUCCUUUCCAUCAAAUAUUUAACCAAGACUUGACACUAAGUCAUUGUGUUUGUACAGGCGACAUUUGAAGGUUGGAUGGAGAUCAUGAGAGACGCAGUAGACGCUAGAGAGGUAGGAAUGUUUUCUACGCUCCUUGGCUUCACGCGUUUCCCUUCGGUUCGUGAGCUGGCUCACACUUCCGUCGCAAACGUUGUUUGAUCUUGUCAUGCAAGCGUUCUAUCCGGGGGAAAAACAUUGCGUCACCUGCCUUCCAGUUUUUAAGAAGUCGAUGUGAUUUUUUUAAUUGGCAGUAUCGCAACACGAUGGUAUGAUUUAGACCUCAAAAAAUCUCCGACAACCGUUUUGUCUUACGAUAUUUCUACAAAUUAAAGAUAAAGAAAAGUUUUCUUCUCUUUCAUUUUUAGGUUGGACAGCAGCCGGAAAGCCAGCACCGUUUCCUUCCUUAUUUAUACUUCGUUGUGUUUAUAAUCGUCGGUUCUUUCUUCACCUUGAAUCUUUUCAUCGGAGUUAUAAUCGACAACUUCAAUCGACUGAAAAAACAGGUAAAAAUUAAAGCUUUACCAUCGCUCUUCUGGUUCCUGAUUCUAUGUAUGAUGGUGCUCCUGUUCUAUUUUGCUGUAUUUGUGAAGUGUAGAAACUAUGCUUAACAAACGCUCAACAGGGUGAAAAUUAAGGAAGCAAAGCGACUUCUUGCAACUUUUUAUGGCAUUGUUCGGUCAAUAGUUAGCUUUGACAUAAAUAAUAUUCCAUAGUCACUUAUGCUGGAACAGGGAAUCUCGUGUGGUUAAUUUGAAAAACGCAUCAGUUUUGUUUACUUACUCAAAAUUCUAGCUCUGUUCUAUUCAUCGAUUCAGCUCUAGUGACGACGAAAAGAAAAGUCACGGAUUUAUUCUAGAAACUUUUUUUUUUUAAUAAUUCCAUGAAUUUGUUUCUUCUAAAGUAUGAAGACAGCGGAGCGCUUGACAUCUUUCUGACGCCGUCCCAGAAGGCGUGGUUCAACACUCUGAAGAAAGCUGCGAACAAGAAACCGAAGAAAAUGAUCAGUAGACCCGGGGUCAGUACUUCAUGUAAACUUGUUUGAGGUCGUGGCAUAGGUGUGGCCAAAAGUAGAAUAAGAAAUUUGUGUUUUAUGAUUGCGUACUCUAGUUAGGAAUCGUCGGAUAAGCCUCGUAUCGCUUUGCACACGUGAUUUUCUAGAAAAACCGAUCUUUUAUCGAAAUUGACAAUCAGAAUCGAGAAGUAAACGGGCAGGUUAACGCUUCACCUACUAGAGGUAUUUACUCGUUCACGAUUGUAGAGCCUUCGCCGAAAAUUUGUAGCUUCUCAAGCUUCACCACAAAAACCUUGUUAUUUAACGGCAGCACAAUUUAGAGCUUGGACCUAUAACAAAUGUUCUGUUUUGAUGCGAAUCGUUCAACAGAAGACUCCACAAAAUAUACCCAUUGACGCAUACAGACGCAAGAGUGAGGGUUAGUGAAUUGUCUUGUUAUUGCAGGUGAGAUGGCAGGCCAAAGUGUUCGAUAUGAUUCACAGCUCAAGGUUUGAAACCGCGAUAAUGGCGAUGAUCUGUCUCAACAUGCUGGUUAUGAUGAUUCAACAUUAUGGACAGAGUGAAGAAGUCCAAUUCACACUGAAUAUCCUUUUUACAGUUAUGAGCUCUGAAAAAGAUGUUGAACAGUCAAGUUGAUAAAUCGUCAUUAAAUACAAUUUUUGCAAGAAAACGGUGUGCUACGUAAGGUUGGCGGUUUGACUGACACGGGAACAUGCUACAGUGAAAUAGGAAGGGUAUACUCCAAGGAGCGCACUGUAAGACCAGACAAUUAAUUAGAAAUUACUUGAAACAAAUGGAUGAAAACACAACGAACUUGCCUCGGAGAAUGAUCAUUUUUUUUAGCUCAACAUGAACUAAUAACAGACCCGGUGUUGAUCUUUUUUUAGAUCUUAAUGAUCACAAUGAAAUCCUAAAUAUAACUAUUUUUAAAAGUUGCGUCAUGGAAUCUGAAAAGAUUAAGAGUACAUCAUUGUUUAGAAGGUUUUUAUAUUUUCCUUAACUGUGAUCCUGAUUUUUCUCGGGUCCUCACAUGUUAUAAAUCUCGUCUUUACCGCCAUAUUUCUUCUGGAAGCUGUGAUCAGGAUCGUUGCUCUUCGUCUACAUUACUUUACACAGCCAUGGAACAUCUUCGAUUUCACCAUUGUGAUACUGUCUAUUAUAGGUAAGGAGCCUGCCAGAGUUAUAAUAACACACGUUUAAAUCUUGGCUUGACUUAUCUUCUUUCGCAUAGAGGCGAAACUGGUGAGAAAAGUUGCACUCGAGUUUUUAUAGACUUCGUUUAACUCCUCUGGUUUGCCAGAAACAAGCUAAGUUAUUGUUAUUUUUAAAGUGGACAUAACAAACUGAAAUCUUGUUCUUUAUCUCUGAUAAAUUGCUUGAAAGUUCCUCCAUUUCCCCAAACAAAGUUGCCUGAAGUUAGUGAGCAUUUCAAGUUAUAAACACCAUGAAACAUUAAAUUGGGGGGAGAUGAUUGUAUUCGCCAAAGAAAAAAAAAUGAAAGAGAGUGUGAAGGCGUUCGCCGGUCAUUUAAGUCCUGUCUAAAAAUGUUUCUUUGGCGAAUACAAACAUCUCAACAUCUCAUAAUAAGCUUACGCUGUCAAUUCUUAGUUUUUUAUGACACCAGUGAAGGAUAAGUAAGUUUUGUGGUUGACCAUUGAUUUCUUUUUGACCCAUACAUAAGAUCUGGCUGGUGGUUUAUAAUAAUUAAUUGUAAUUGAUGGCGGUAAGCUUAAAAGGAUAAAUUUCAGCGGGAUUGCGGUAAGCUUACGUAAGAGAAUCUUCCAGCAUGUAUAUCCGUUUGUCUAUCGAAACGUUUUAGUCAAGCAAUAUAGAAUGCCAAAAGUUUCUAGGGGGCAAUUUUUUAAUGUGAACAUUUGCAAGAAUUAGCUGAAACGCUUUUGUAAUCGUUCGAUGAAACGCCUUUUUAUUGUCAUUUUUCUUUUGUGAAUCAAUGAUCUUGUAUUCACUGAUACGACUUUAUAUAUAUCAAACCUGUGGGGUAGGUACUCCAUAAGUAUUUUCCGAGUGGUUCGGAAGGAAAAAAUCUUUGAGAAACUUAACUACCCUUUUAUAGCUUUCAUGGUAUUACUUUCACUUGCAUGUUGUAACUGGAAAAUAAAAUGUUAUGGCUCUUAUUUUUUUUUGGAUUAUAUUUCAAUGGGCGUGAAAAUAUUUACUGGGUUUUACAUAUUCGUGUUGUUAUUAUGUGUGAGCUGAGAUAUUGUCAUUGCGGGAAGCAUUAUACAGCUCUUUUCUUUCGCCUUUAGGCACGAUAUUUGUCCACCAUCAAAUUGGUUUUCCUUUAGUUUUGUCUUCCGGCACUUCAAACGAACGGAAGUUUAUAUAUUUUUAUUUCUGGUGGUGGAAUUCGCUUCAGGCGAAUUUGAUAUUAGACUUGGUACCGUGGUGCUAUGUGGCAAGUUUUAAAAAUCUUUCUUAACGACUUUUGUACUUUAACAAUAUUUAGUUCUGUUCCCUCCGUUGUCUAAAUAUUCGUUUUCUGUUUAUACUGUUGUGCCUUUCCCGUAUAUUAAAGCUCUCAAUUUAAAGACUCCUUUUUCUGAAAUUAAGGGCGGUAUUUUUAAUUCGAAUUACUUCCACCACAUAAACCGCACUCAAAUUCCAAUCCCACGUGGAAACAGAAGCUAAGCAACCAAGUCGAGGACUCUAAAUUACGAUUGAAUCUAUCUAACUUUUUUACAUAUAUUCUGAUAAUUAGUCGCGCGACGAAUGUUUUUUUCUUGGCUGAAAUUCGGUUGUAUUACGAAAACAAAAUUGCUCAAAAACCGCAGAUGUGCAGUUCGCUAAUUUUACGAAGACCGAGGAAACUGCGUUUUUAAAGAAUCCGAACCAUGACAAGAAGGUGUGCACUCCUAAACUGCUAACCCUUUAAAAAUAAAAGACAAAGAAUCCCUCCGUGAGUAAGUGAGACAGUGGAACAAUAUUGAAAAAAUCACCUCUAGAGUUAGUUUAGGAACUUUCUCUGAAACAUGUAGCCGGUUUACUUUAUGAUGUUGUUUUUUGCGUUUUUCAGAGUCUCAGUUCUUUUGAUAUUAAAUUCAUGAUUUAAGGGGAAAAAAUCGUGUCUCUAGAUUCUUCGAGACAGUUGUCUUUGAAAAUCUAAGGCCGCACACACAAUACGCGGUGAGGUGGUGAUCUUUUCAUUUAGUGAAUCUUUCCUAAGAGUGGGCAACAUCAUGCAUUUCGUUCGCGUAGUUUGUUUAAGAUUUGAAAGAAGCUUUUCCCUGGAAAUUGAAAGCCUAGACACGACAUGAAGAGAGCGCUAAGUGAGUGCUUGAUGGAACGAACAACUCGAUCAAAGUUGUGUAAGCAACUGGGUAUCAAGUUUGCCUGAAGAGAACUGAUUCGCUUCACUAUCAAACUGAAUUCUUCGAGCAAAACAAACGAUGUUCUCCUGUUGUGUUUUGUGUAAGAUAUUAUAAUCUCUUGGUUUUUAUAUUGCGAAAUCAUGUGCCGAAAGCAGUUUUCGCAUUACACAAUCUGAUUGGUUUCUUGCCUCUGAUGUUGCGGGCAUUAGAGACCCCUUUAUUUUGCCCAACCACUCAGUAAGUUCAUAUGCAUGUACAGGUAUUGAUUUUCUUAUUCUUUUCGUUUCAGGCAUUAUCGUGGAAUAUCUUGACUACAGCUUCAUAGUCACCCCCAGUUUAUUCCGCGUGGCACGUGUCUUCAGAAUUGGACGGCUGCUACGUUUUUACAAAGGCGCACGUGGUAUUCGCCGGCUUCUUUUUGCUUUGGUGAUCUCUCUACCUGCUCUGUUCAACAUCGGAGCCCUCCUCUUCCUUGUUAUGUUUAUUUACGCCAUCAUCGGAAUGUCAUCGUUUGGUUAUGUAAAAAAGACAGGCGCACUCGACGAAUUAGUGAAUUUCGAGACUUUUGGCAGUAGUAUGUUACUGUUGUUCCGUCUUUCCACAUCUGCUGGUUGGAACGAUGUAUUAGAACCGCUGUUAAUAAAACCUCCAGACUGCGAUGAAAAUUAUCUAGGGCAACCAAAUGGAAACUGUGGAAUACCAUGGCUAGCAAUCCUUUAUUUCUUCACCUUUAUAUUAUCGACUUUUCUAAUCAUUAUCAACAUGUACAUAGCUAUUAUUUUAGAGAAUCUAAGCCAAGCUCAUCAACAGGACGAAGUCGGAAUCACGGAUGAUGAUUUAGAAAUGUUUUAUACUCACUGGGAGCGGUUUGACCCGAAUGCAACCCAAUACAUUCUUUAUUCGCAGUUGUCCGACUUUGUUGACGGUCUCGAACAGCCCUUGAGAAUACCGCAGCCGAACAAAUUUGCUUGUAUUCACUUAAAUAUUCCCAUCAAACAAGGGGACAGAAUUCACUGUUUUGAUGUGAUGCAGGCUUUGGUGCGACGAAUUAUCGGCGAAAUUGAAGAAGAAGGCUCGGUUGCGUUCGCGUUAAUGAAGUCCCGCAUGGAACAUCAUUUCGUGAGCGCUUUUCCAAAGCGUGCUAAAACUCAGACGGAAAGCACAACGUUGAAAAGAAUUCAGGAAAUCCGUGCUGCUACCAUAAUUCAACGAUCUUACAGGCAAUAUCGCUUCCAACUGGAGCUGCGGCGCUUCCGGCUCCAAAGGAGUCAUCAAACUCUAGAACAUGCACACAGCUCCACUUCCUUGAGAGGGAAUAGUCCGUCUGGAAGCGUUCAGGUUAUGGUGCAGGAUAGAGCGCCAAAUAGCGCACCUCGAGCUACGGUGGUGACAAUUGGAGAUGGUACUCUAGCUUGAUAAAUGUUGUGUUUAAGAUUUAUGAUCACCAGCUGGUUUAUUUCUUUAUCUCUUUGACAAUUGGAGAUGGUACUCUAGCUUGAUAAACGUUGUGUUUAAGAUUUAUACCAGCUGGUUUAUUUCUUCCAGCUGGUUAAUUUCUUUCGUUCUUUUGAAAUCGUACCAUAUCCAUGAAAUGUGAAAUGCCAUGUUUUGCUCAAAAUUGAAAAAAAUUCCGAAAAAACAGAUAUAGAAUCUCAACUUUGACUACCAACUAGAUUCUCAGAUUAUUCAACAAACACUUUUCGCUCUUUUGCUGACAUUAAGUUAAUUAUCGGCGGCAAACAAAUUUAAUUUAUUGAAAUUGGGAACGAGCCAAAAUGGAAGAUAUGCG